AUGUUCAAGAUCCUGCUUAUCUGCGCCCUCGCCGCCCUGGUGGUCGCCAACGAGGAUCCCGAGGUCAAGGAGCUGGUCAAUGAUGUGAGCCACGACGGUUUUGUGAGCAAGCUGGCCCUGGCCAACGGCGUGGUUUCCUCGGCCACCGGCGAUGUGCACGGCAACAUUGAUGGUGUCUUUGAGUGGGUUUCCCCCGAGGGUCAGCAUGUCCGCGUAGCCUACAAGGCCGACGAGAACGGAUACCAGCCCCAGAGCGAUCUGCUGCCCACUCCUCCCCCAAUCCCAGAUGCCAUCGUCCGUGCCAUCGCCUACAUCCAGGCCCACCCUAGCAAGGAAUAA